AUGGCGGCUACCUUCCAUCUGUUCUCCAAGUUUGCUGUGCGCAAGUCAGGCUUGAGGAGUGUCACUUGCGUGCGACAAAAGACGGAUCCACUACCGAGCCAUCCUCACAACAUGCCACCAAAGAACACGCCUCAAAAAAACGCUUCCAAUGCAGGAUACUCAAGCGAACACUCCCCCGACGAGCCAGACCAAGACGUCCUGUCCGAUUUUGAGGAAGAAAGCUCAUCUUCCAGUUCAGAGUCUCCACCCAAAGAGAAGCGAGUGACCACUUCCGAAGGCGAAGGCGAAGACGACGAUGUCGUUGCCGUGAGCAAAGAUAGCACACCUAGUCCCACCGCAAGCACCAUCCUGAUAAGGUUUGAACUUGAGGAUACUCUGCUGGCAGGAAAGAUGAACGAGAAGUGGAAGAAGGGGUUGAGUGAUGCAGAGAGGGCAAAGAAGCUGCAGGAACUGCUGGAUAAAUGCACUGCCAAGAGGGAGGAGGGGGGAAGAGCGGCGGUGGAAGAAAUGAAGAGGAGAAUGGAGGAGGAUGACGAAGAGGAACAAUAUGAGGGGAAAGGUAAGGGUAAGCAGGUCUAA